GUGCUGCCACUGCUUGCAGACGAUGGAAGAAGAGGUGGAGGUGCUUCUGGAGAAUUGCUACUGCAGCCGGGCUUGCCUCAAAGGCGGCCCAAGGCAGCUUGAUGGUUCGUGCAUCGCGACGCCUGCCUGGGUGAUGCCGCCACCGAAGAAUGCACCAAGGCCAUUGGGGCGAAGGCUCUCUCUGCAGGAGCUCCCAGUCGACUCCAAGAAGACCGAGGCGAUCAUCGCGCCCACCUCGCACUGGCUCCAGCGCCUUUCCAAGACCCUCGGCGAGGCGCUGCUGCGCCCGAGCGCUUGGUUCUCAGAGUUCCUGCAAAUCCUCGCCUUGGGAUUCGGCACAGACCUAACUGCAACGAUUGCCGACGGCAAGCGUUUUCUGAAGGCAGUCCAGAAGCGCGGAGGGUGA